CUCUGACGUACAACCAACAACACGGAGGCAGUCACAGCAUUCAUUGUGCGCACUUGUGAAAUCUGGUAAAGAAUGAAAUAAAAGUGAAAGUAAUGACAAAGUUUCUGGUUUAAUGAACCAGGGGGACAUUAAAAAAAAUUCCAUUGUCGGCUACAAUUUGUGAUCCGGUACUUGGCUGCAGUGACAGGUAACAUGCCUAGCUGAAAUCAGCAGAUUAUUUCAGAUUGUACAUCAGACAGGCAAUGUCCAGUGUAUGGUCAAGUGUUUUGUUUUUGUGUUCAUUUAGUAAAAUCAUCAACCAUUUAAGUGUAUUUGAUCAUAGUGUGUUCUUUGUAAAUAGCCUUCUGUCACAGUAACUAGCUUCGCACUGGGCACAAACUGGUUGAAUCAGUUGUUUCAACGGAAUUUGUCAACGUAUUGUGACGUGGAAUCUAAAAGUAAUUAAUGUAAACUGUUGUUUUGAGGGUGACAUUUCAACCACAGGAUUAUGUCAUCAUUGUGACACAUUUUCAACAUAGGCAAACCUUGUAUAAAAUAUGUUGAAUUUGUACCUUUUAAACAACGUCAGAUCUUCAACAUUAUAUCCACCAUCAGAAGAAAAAAAACUAGUGGGCAGCACCUCCUACUCUAGAUUGGAGAGUUGAUCUACAACUAUGCUCUUUAUUUAGUGAUUGGGGAAAAAAUCGAUAGUUACAUAUCGCAAUAUUAUUUUUGCGAUUGUUGGCUGUACCUGCACCAAAACUCCAGUAUUUUCCCCUUCAUAGCUUGUUCUCCAUCUUCUUUUUAAAUAGGGAGUCAAUUUGUUUUCACUUUUAUUUCCAUGACUGAUCAAAACUCGUUUUCUCAUGGCUCUCUUGUCCCUCUGCAGCAGACAUACUGUAUAGUGAGCAAUAUGUUUGGAACAUUGAAUCGCAAUAAAAUCACAGUAUCGAAUCGCAAUAGAUAAAGACUCGUGAGAAUCGCAAUACAUAUCGUAUUGGCACCUAAGUAUCGUGAUAAUAUCGUAUUGUGAGGUCCCUGGCAAUUCCCAUCCCUAACUUUAUUGUUUUAUUGGGAUCUUUAAAGGGAUCAUUUAAAUAAAGUUCGAUUUGAUUUAGUCCUAUUCUUUAACUUUGAUUCUUGGUUGAGAUGGAGAAGUGAAUCCAACAUAUCAAUUAUUAAUUUGUAGACAAACUGGAAUUAAAGCUAGACAAAGAUACAUCUCCUUCAAAUGUUGAUAUUUGGUUGUGUUGACAACCAAACACAAUUAAAUUCCACUAGCCUAUUUACUUGUCGACAAGUUAACAAAUAUAUGUUGGAUUCACGUCUCCAACUAAACCAAAACUAAAAGUUAAAGAAUACGUUUUAAGCCAGUGGCUCAGAUGAAACUAUCCAAGCAUUAGAUAUCCUUUAAAUGAUGACAUUUAGAUGCGUUGUCAACCAAACACAAUUCAAUAAUAUUUUUGUAAUAUAGUUAAGGCUGUCUUACAAACUAAUGUGACAGUAUUUAUUCAACCUUAAAAUGAGUAACACAUCCAUGGCCACAUUUUGAGGUUAGCCUACUGUAACUAUAAAUGUCUUCUUAUGUAAUCAUAGAAAGCAUGCAUGUUCAAAUAACAUGCAAAGGUCGCAGUUCUGUGGAGAUCUUCUUGCUAUAAUAAUCUGUGCAGAAUGUUGAACAGCAUUGAUCACAAUGUCCUUUUUAAUGUAAUCUUAACUGCAAUCCAGUUCAUUUGGUUGUGCUAUUAGAUGAAGCAUUGAUAACACAUUAAGUUGUUGUAUAAAUACAAAAUAUCUGACAUUGAAUUCCCAUUUGAACUUUGUUGUGCAUUUAAAUGAUUGAAAGCGCAGUGAUAACACAUUUAGAUGACAACUAAACCAAAAAUCUGACAUUGUUUUUCCAUUGGAAUUUGGUUGUGCUUUUAGAUGGUUGAAAGGAUAGUUAUAACACAUUGGGAAUUCAACGAACUUCUGUCUUUUUGAGUGGGUUAAUACAUUUAGAAAUCUUAUUGAUCAACGUCUCAACCAAAUAUUACCCACAUUUCCAAGUUGAAAUGACGUGGUUUGCCCAGUGGGUUGGUUUGGUUGCUGAAUUCUUUCUGCCCACCAGAAUGUACCCAUCUUCCUGUGACACCUUUGUGGCUCUGCCCCCUGCCACCCAGGGACAGCGCAUCAUCUUCGGAAAGAACUCAGACAGGCCCUGUGAUGAGGUCCAGGAGGUGGUCUACUUCCCUGCAAGAGACUACAAUGCAGGAGAGAAAGUUGAAGUAAGUCUCUAAGACCUCCUCUGUGCAUGUUUUCAGCAUGUACACUACCGGUCAAAAGUUUUAGAACACCUACUCAUUCAAGGGUUUUUCUUUAUUUUUACUAUUUUCUACAUUGUAGAAUAAUAGUGAAGACAUCAAAACUAUGAAAUAACACAUGGUAACAACACAUCUGACGUGCUGAUCCUCAACACGGGGGCCCCUCAGGGGUGCUUGAUCAUUCCCCUCCUGUACUCCCUGUUCACCCAUGACUGCAUGGCCAGGCACGACUCCAACACCAUCAUUAAGUUUUCCGACGACACAACAGUGGUAGGCCUGAUCACAGACAACGAUGAGACAGCCUAUAGGGAGGAGGUCAGAGACCUGGCCGUGUGGUGCCAGGAUAACAACCUCUCUCUCAACGUGACCAAGACAAAGGAGAUGAUUGUGGACUACAGGAAAAAAAAGAAGACUGAGUACGCCCCCAUUCUCAUUGACGGGGCUGUAGUGGAACAGGUUGAGAGCUUCAAGUUCCUUGGUGUCCACAUCACCAACGAACUAUCAUGGUCCAAACACACCAAGACAGUCGUGAAGAGGGCACGACAAAGCCUAUUCCCCCUCAGGAGACUGAAAAGAUUUGGCAUGGGUCCUCAGAUCCUCAAAAAGAUCUACAGCUGCACCAUCGAGAGCAUCCUGACUGGUUGCAUCACCGCCUGGUAUGGCAACUGCUCGGCCUCAGACCACAAGGCACUACAGAGGGUAGUGCGUACGGCCCAGUACAUCACUGGGGCCAAGCUUCCUGCCAUCCAGGACCUCUAUACCAGGCGGUGUCAGAGGAAGGCCCUCAAAAUUGUAAAAGACUCCAGCCACCCUAGUCAUAGACUGUUCUCUCCGCUACCGCACGGCAAGCGGUACCGGAGCGCCAAGUCUAGGUCCAAAAGGCUUCUCAACAGCUUCUACCCCCAAGCCAUAAGACUCCUGAACAGCUAAUCAUGGCUACCCGGACUAUUUGCACCCCCACCCCAUCUUUUUACGCUGCUGCUACUCUGUUAAUUAUUUAUACAUAGUCACUUUAACUCUACCCACAUGUACAUAUUACCUCAACUAGCCGGUGCCCCCGCACAUUGACUCUGCACCGGUACCCCCCUGUAUAUAGCCUCCCUACUGUUAUUUUAUUUUACUUCUGCAAUUUUUUUCCUCAACACUUUUUUGUUGUUGUUUUAUUUUACUUUUUUAUUAAGAAAUAAAUGCAUUGUUGGCUGUAAGUAAGCAUUUCACGGUAAUGUCUACACCUGUUGUAUUCGGCGCAUGUGGCAAAUAAAAUUUGAUUUGAUUUGGAAUCAUGUAGUAACCAAAGAAGUGUUAAACAAAUGAAAAUAUAUUUUAUAUUUGAGAUUCUUCAAAUAGCCACCCUUUGACUUGAUGACAGCUUUAAACACUCUAGGCAUUCUCUCAAUCAGCUUCAUGAGGUAGUCACCUGGAAUGCAUUUCAAUUAACAGGUGUGCCUUCUUAAAAGUUAAUUUGUGGAAUUUCUUUCCUUCUUAAUGUGUUUAAGCCAAUCAGUUGGCAGAAGGUCGCCCUAUUUGGUAAAAGACCAAGUCCAUAUAAUGGCAAGAACAGCUCAAAUAAGCGAAGAGAAACGACAGUCCAUCAUUACUUUAAGACAUGAUGGUCAGUCAAUACGGAUAAUGUCAAGAACUUUGAAAGUUUCUUCAAGUGCAGUCGCAAAAACCAUCAAGCGCUACGACGAAACUGGCUCUCAUGAGGACUACCACAGGAAUGGAAGACCCAGAAUUACCUCUGCUGCAGAGGAUAAGUUCAUUAGAGUUACCAGCCUCAGAAAUUGCAGCCCAAAUAAAUGCUUCACAGAGUUCAAGUGACAGACACGUCUCAACAUCAACUGUUCAGAGGAGACUGUGUGAAUCAGGCCUUCAUGGUCGAAUUGCUGCAAAGAAACCACUACUAAAAGACACCAAUAAGAAGAAGAGACUUGCUUGGACCAAGAAACACGAACAAUGGGCAUUAGACCGGUGGAAAUGUGUCCGUUGGUCUGGAGUCCAAAUUUGAGAUUUUUGGUUCCAACCGCCGUGUCUUUGUGAGACGCGGUGUGGGUGAACGGAUGAUUUCUGCAUGUGUAGUUCCCACCGUAAUGCAUUGAGGAGGUGGUGUUAUGGUGUGGGGGUGCUUUGCUGCUGACACUGUCUGUGAUUUAUUUAGAAUUCAAGGCACACUUAACCAGCAUGGAUACCACAACAUUCUGCAGCGAUAGGCCCUCCCAUCUGGUUUGGGCUUAGUGGGACUAUCAUUUGUUUUUCAACAGGACAAUGACCCAACACACCUCCAGGCUGUGUAAGGGCUAUUUGACCAAGAAGGAGAGUGAUGGAGUGCUGCAUCAGAUGACCUGGCCUCCACAAUCCACAAUGGUUUGGGAUGAGUCGGACCGCAGAGUGAAGGAAAAGCUGCCAACAAGUGCUCAGCAUAUGUGGGAACUCCUUCAAGACUGUCAGAAAAGCAUUCUAGGUGAAGCUGGUUGAGAGAAUGCCAAGAGUGUGCAAAGCUGUCAUCAAGGCAAAGGGGUGGCAACUUUGAAGAAUCUAAAAUAUAUUUUGAUUUGUUGAACACUUUUUUGGUUACUACAUGAUUCCAUAUGCGUUAUUUCAUAGUUUUAAUGUCUUCAUUAUUUUUCUACAAUGUAGAAAAUAGUAAAAAUAAAGAAAAACCAUUGAAUGAGUAGGUGUUCUAAAACUUUUGACCGGUAGUGUAUAUUGUAGUGAUGUGGAAAUGUCACCUGUCUUACACUCAGUAGGCACACAAUGACAGCUGUGUCCCCUUUCUGUUUUGCUCCUCGGACUAGUGCACAUACAUCGAAAUUGAGCAGGCAGCCCAUACCAAUGCAGUUGUGUUGAGCAGACCAGCCUGGUUGUGGGGGGCUGAGAUGGGGGCUAACGAGCACCAGGUGUGCAUCGGAAACGAGGCAGUAUGGGGCAGAGAAAGUGCUGAGGACGAGGAGGCCCUUCUUGGCAUGGAUUUUGUCAGGUGAAUAUCUGCCAGCUGAAUCAUACAUCAUACAUAUCUGUUCCUGUCUGUAGUUUGUCAUUCUUCAACUAUGCAUUGCUCAGGUAUUUGUUAAUUAUGGCUUGUAAAAUAAAAAUGCAUUGCACUGUAAUGGGGACAAGGUAGCAAGGAAUGAGGACACAUCAAUGUGAUGGGUAUGUCUUUUCAGACUUGGUCUGGAGAGAGCGGAGACUGCUCAGAAGGCUGUGGAUGUUAUUGCUGAGCUGCUGGAGAAAUAUGGCCAGGGAGGAAACUGCAUGGAGGACCAGUCUGGCUUUACCUACAACAACAGCUUCCUCAUCUCCGACAGGACUGAGGCCUGGGUUAUGGAGACGUCUGGGAAGUACUGGGCAGCAGAGAAAGUGGGAGGUACAUUAAUAAGCUAUCAGGGUUUAAGUUGACCCAACUUGUAAACUUGCAGAACAAUAACAGUUUUUGUUGUUUUUAAAUCCUCCAUUAGAUGGAUAUCGUAAUAUCUCCAAUCAAUACUCAAUAACAACCAAGAUAGACAAGGAACACCCUGGGAUGAGGGAGUAUGCAAAGAGCCAUGGCUGGUGGGAUGGGAAGGCCCCGUUUAGUUUUGCUGAGACAUACUCUUUCAUGACUACAGCCAGAAUAGAGGCGUCUGGCAGCAGAUACUGCGAAGGACGUAACCUACUAGAGAGAAGCAAAGGUGAGUUACUGUAUAUUGGUUAAGGAUGUAGAUAAAUGUAGGCCUUUGUAGGCAUUUGCUUUAGGGAUUAGUUGUUUGCGUCGUAUAGAAAAAAUGGGUUUGAUCAGAUUUGAAUCAAAACUGAAUAGUGAAUCCAUAUAGGACAGGGCUCACCAACUCUUUUCCUGGAGAGCUACUGUCCUGUAGGUUUUCGCUCCAACACAAGUUGUAACUAACCCGAUUCAACUUAUCAACCAGCUAAUUAUUAGAAUCAAGUGUGCUAAAUUAGGUUUUGUAGCGAAAACCUACAGGACGGUAGCUCUCCAGUAACAGGGUUGUGAGAGCCCUGAUAUAGGAUGACAAAUUUACAAUGAAUUACUUCUGAGUAUUUAGGACACAUCACAGCUGAGACAAUGAUGGAUAUCCUGAGGGACAAGGAGAGUGGCAUCAACAUGGAGGGGAUGUUCAUGACAACAGGAAGCAUGGUGUCUGUCGUACCAACAGACCCCACCCUGCCAGGGGUGCACUACAUCACUGGAACUCCUGACCCUGAGAGGUAGAGCAUGGAGCUAGCCACCGCUAACACACCCUACCUAGCCAUGUUAUUGUUCCAUCUACAUUUUAUGCAAAUCAAUGUAUAUUAAGGGUCCUUUCUUACCCAACAGGUCUGUUUUCAAACCUUUCGUCUUUGUGAACGACAUUAAACAGUUGAAGCAAACUAGCUCUCCCUGUUACGGCCCUGAUGACCCUGUUAAGAAGAUACCCCGUUUCCAGAGCAAGCCGGAUCGCAAACAUCCACUGUUUAUCAAACAUGAGGUGGUGGCUGCAAUCAUUGACAGCACCAAGGUACAGAACUUUUCCAAAGCUAUACAUCUUAACUCUUUAAAGAAUAAGCAAAUAUUUGGCUUAAUUUUGUAUUGUAUUAUUUUUAGGACAAAGGAAAGAAGAUCAUGCAGAAUAUGAGAGUGGUAGAAAGGGAGAAGAUGGCUGAGAUGGAGAAACUUUUAUCAAGUGGUAUUGAAGACCCUACUUCAGUUGUGCACCUGUUUUCUUACUCAGUCCAGGAAGAACUGAGCGUGUACAGUAACAUUUAGUGGGAUCUUUCAUAUUGGAAUGACAAGGGGUUGUUUCAACACCAACCCCAGCAUGCAAUACUGUCACUAUAUUGGAACAGUGAAAUGGUAGUUUCACAAAUUGCUGCUCAUCAGUAGAAAGUAUUAAUACAUCUAGAUCAAUUACAGCCUGUCAUAUUUUCUUUGGUUGAAUAUAAUACUUGUUUAUAAUUUAAACAUUAAACAGUAUUACUAGAGCAGUUGAGGAGAGAGUUUAGCCUUUAGUUUGACCUUUGAGCUGUUUACUGAGUGAUUUGCAUAGGUUGAUUUAAAGUAAAACAGGACAAAUUCCCAUUAUCACACCACUGCCUUCAGGCAUCCUAAACCACCCCGAAAGGCCUUGCAGGUAGAGCCACACCCACACGUUACCACAACAUGUAUCCAUCAUUCCUGUUUUAACCCAGGAUAAAAGGAAUUACAUAAACCAGAGGUACAAUAGAGGAUUCUUUUUUUCAGAACAGGCUGGGAAUCAGAGGAACAUGCAGCAUUAGUUGGCUUCAAAGUACAUGAUACCGUACAUUCUCUUAGUCAAGUGACAUGAAAUAAAUACAUUGACAAACCAUUAUUCAAACAUUCAUAAUGCCAAACAAGGUGAAUACAUGCCUCAAUUACCUUAUUAGCAACAGUAAUAAGCACAACCCCAUUAAGGACAAAAUAACCCAAAUAAUAAAGAGUACAUUUAAUCUGGCACAUUCGGUAUUGUACUCCUUUUCUUCCAACAAACAUAAGACAACCAAAACAAACUGGAAUUUAAUUGUUGUGUAUUUAAAAAUCCCAAAAGAAGAUAGCUGAUCAAAAAUGUAUAUAUUUUUUUGCCAAGAAUCAUUCAAAUAAGUAAAAACCAAACAAUACAAUUCUGCAUUAGCAGACAAGUCUGCAUCCAUAAACAUUUGACACCAUUCUAUCUACAUUAUUCAAAUGUAUUAAAAAUAGAUCUAGCUGCCAUAUCCUAUUUUCAAGUUAUAAACAAUGGCCAAAUUAAGGGUAUUUAGAAAACACAGCAACAUUACAGGCUUCCAUUUUUAAUACCUGAGGUCACAUUGCUAAAUACCAUUCUUGUCAUCCAAACUAAAUAAAAACAUGUUAAACCAGAGCCUCAUGGUAUACGAGUGUCAUCAAGGGGAUACAAGCUAGUCUGUAUAAUUUGAGAUGAUAAUGCAAGAUAUUUGACAUCCAUAGUUUUGGAAGAUUAUCCAUUAUUAGUUCUGCCUGUUAAAUCUUGUUAUGCAUACAGUACCACACAAAAACAUUACAAUGGACAGUUUAAAAGAAAACAAACAAGUGCUCAAUGCUUGUUUAUGACUGCAUAUUUCCAUGUGCAAAACAAUACGAGUAUUUCAAAAAGCAGCAGAUUCUUCAAUUCACCUCUGUGGGUUAAUACUGCUAGUGCUAGGUAGGUAGAGACCUGGAUUCAGGUCUGGUAGGUAGCCGAUCCCUUUGUCAUCCUGUGCCUCAGUAGAGCCCUUGAGACUGGGCCUGUCCAG